CACCUCUCCAAAGUUUGAGUUUGAGUUUUUAAUAAGGGAAGUUGUGUUUUAUUGGAUCCACCAUUUUGUUGGUCCAUUUCUUCUCCUCCUACUACAUUUUUUAGUUUUAGUAGUUACACUUCCUUCUACCCUUUCAUUAUUCAACUCUAAGUACCACCCAAUUAUCUACUGAAAACCAAUCGAAAAUAUAUAAAUUAAAACUACAUUAAUUUAAAUUUAUACACAGAAAAUCCCAAAAAAAAUAAUAAAAAUGGCACAAUUACCUCCUAAGAUCCCAAACAUUCCACAACAAAAUUGGCCUCCAGCUUUCCCUCCUCAUCAAAGAAUGCCACCAUUAACAAACAACCCCUCCCAACAACAAUCCAAUAACUCGUCGUGGGUCGAUGAAUUUCUCGAUUUUACAUCGACCCGACGUGGGACCCACCGGCGGUCUGUGAGCGACUCCAUUGCCUUCCUCGAAGGGCCUCACCUGGUGGUUGACGAGAUUCGGAACACUAGCGGUGGUGGUGGUGGGGGUGGUGGUUUCGAUAGGCUGGACGACGAGCAAUUAAUGUCGAUGUUUUCCGAUGAGAUCUCGGCAGGGUUACCGGGUAUGGUGGGCCCACCUUCAUCACCUUCAGAUCAGAAUUCUAACAACGAGGAAAAAGCAAUGUCUACUGACAACACUAAUUGUCAUGUUAAUAAUGAUGGUGAACUUCAACAACAGCAGCUACUUCAAUGUUUUCCUAAGAGUGAGCCUGGGGAAGUUGAAAGCGCGUGUAAUAAUAAUAAUAAUAAUAAUCAAAUCUCUCCUGUUUCUGAUAACAAUCACCAAUCUGGUGCCGAUAAUUUCAUUGAUCCCAAACGCGUCAAGAGAAUUCUGGCGAACCGGCAAUCAGCGCAAAGGUCAAGGGUGAGGAAAUUGCAAUACAUAUCGGAGCUAGAGAGGAGUGUGACUACAUUACAGACGGAGGUAUCUGCCUUGUCUCCGAGGGUUGCGUUUUUGGACCACCAAAGAUUGAUUCUUAACGUGGACAACAGUGCUCUUAAGCAAAGGAUUGCUGCUUUGGCUCAAGAUAAGAUUUUUAAGGACGCACAUCAAGAAGCAUUGAAGAAGGAAAUAGAAAGGCUGAGGCAAAUAUAUCAACAACAACAACAAAGUGUGAAGAAGAUGAACAACGCAGACAACAACAACAACAAUGGACAUGCAAUACAAGCAGCUACAGAUCAUAAUAUGAAUUGUACGGAGAAAGAGCAGAUUAUGACUUAAUUAAUUACUAUAAUAUUUAAUUAAUUCUUCAACUAAGUUUAUAUUAAUUACUUUCAUAGGAGGAGAUGGUGGAUUGGUGAUUGGUGGAUUGGUGGUGGUGGGAUUAGCUUAUCUGUUCAUUCACAUGACAUGUUCCCUUCUUCAACCUUUUUUCUUUUUUUUUUUUAAUUUAUUGGGUUGUUUUUCUUUUUUUUUAAAAAAUGAUUUUUUUAAUUAAAUUUCUUUGAGGAAAUGGGGGACUAAAUCAAGUCGAAAGAUUGGAGGAUGGAACACUAACACGUGUCCCUCAUGUAUGGGUUUAGAACAUUGUUUUAGAAUUUUUUUUUGUGGUUUUUUAUUAAAACUUGGGGUAUUAUUUGUUGUAAUUCUUUAGUAAAACAGAUUGAGUUUUUUAGGAAAAGUAUUUAAUUGAAGUGAAUUUUUGGGAGAGAGGAAAAGGGAGAGGGAGUAUUGGGAUGUCAGAUAUACUGGGGUUGAGUUCAAUGUCUCAUUGUGGUGACUUUUUUUUCAUUUUAGGUUAAUUCAUGUUUGUAAUAAUGUUCUAGUUUCAUUAUUAUGUUUUUUUUUUUUAAUUUUUGAAAAAUUAUUCAUAUGCAACUGUAUAAAGGCACUUUCCUUUUUUUUAUUAAGCAAAAAAAGCUUCAAAUAUUUUUUAUUGGAACUCUAUUGUACUCCUAAAACAACUCGGAUCCUAACUAAUUUUCUAAUCUUCAUUCAA